GAGGGCUUCUGUUUACAUCAACGCUAAUAGCUAGCUAGGUAGCUACGUGUUUGCAAAAUGAAAGGAUGACAGGAAUGAUUGAUUCAGCCGUGUUAAUUAUUUUAUAAGAACGUGAAGUCUGAUGAUCUAACUCGACGAUAAGAUCUGAGGUAUAGUCAGCUGCGUUAACAUUAACUUUUUAAAGUAGUUUCAACUGGGUUGCUAACUUAACUUGCCAGCUAGCUAGGGGUUAGCAGUUAACUAGCUGUCAGGAAAAACACCAUAUUAACUCUCACAUUACGAAGUUACAUUGCGUGUCGUGUUAACGACAUCAGCUGGCUUUCUGCAUCAAUAAUGUGGAACAACGUAGAACUUUUAAUAAAUGAAGAUACACACACUGUUCGUCUCUCUGGUGACUCGGAACAGGAGACUGGAAGCGCCUUGUAUCAAAUUGACACACUUGUGAAAAUAUCACCCGAAAAGGUUCCCUCAAACACCAGGAUCUAUGCCUCAAAUAAUCAAAGUUGCUGCAUUGUUGUGGCUGACACAACUGUGGUCCUCUUUGACCCUAGUUUUCAAACCAUACUUCUUCACCUGUAUUUUGAUACUAUAGUGGAUGCCGUGAGUGUUUGCCCUCAUGCACAGUUUUUGUUUGUCGGUGAGAGGAAUGGCAAUCUUCACAUUAUAUAUGUGCCCCAGAAGAAGACCAUUUUGACCAAAGCUCUUCAGCAACUUCCACAAAAUGGUAAUGAGACGACCUAUAAGAGCCUAAUCCUACAUGAGGUGCUAAACUGUCCAGGAGUGUAUCAGCUGUUUGUCAUCGUCUGUGAUGGAUUCUUGCAUAUAUCUAAUCUUGCUUUAGAGAAAACUCAGAAAGCAAUUCAAGACAUGGACAUGUGUGUCUUAAAUGAGAUUCAAGCCCACAUUCUCAUUAACUUCUGCUCGGCUAAAGAGAUCUGCCGAGGGGGAUGCGAGACGGCAGCGCUGGCUUGCUUUGGCAACGAAGUCCACCUCAUUAUUGGAGCUAAAGGGGAAAACAUUAUUUCCCAUUGGUGCAUGCAAUCUGAUCAGCGGUCAAUGUCUCUUGGCAACAUUCUGAACUCAACUUUAAUGUCUGGUGUAAAAAAGAUUCAAGUGGUGGACAAUUUAAUGUAUGUGCUGAAUGGCGAGGACAUGCUGAGUUUGUGGGACCUGCGGUCACUUGUCAUGCUGUGCUGUUGGCCUGAUCUCUACAUCCUUGAUUUCCUGCUCCUCACAGAAGGGGAUUCUACAUCUACUGGAAUGCAGGAGGGCACCAGUAUGAAGAUCAUGACCUUGACUGCAAUUGAGAGUGAGCCUCAUCUCGGUUCAUCCCGCAAGGUCUUGGUUCAGUCCCUUCCCACGAUGAAUGUUCUGUACUCUCUGGAGGUCUCGGCAGUGUCAUCACUGGUACAGAAAGACAUUAGUAUGGAUGUCCUCUAUUUGCUGGAGGGUGUUUCUGAUCAUUCCAAGAGUCCUGAAGGACCAGCCUUUAGCUUGGUCCUGAGAGGAUUCACAGAGGCCCUGCCAGAGAACAGAUUGAACAGACUUCUCUACAAACACAAAUUUGAAGAAGCAGAGAAGUUCGCAAUAGCCUUUGAGCUUGAUGUUGAGCUGGUGUAUAAAGUGAAGUUGGACUUUGUACUGGAAAAGCUCGCCUCAGUAUCUGUCACCGAGCAAAGCAAAGAUGUGUGGGCGGAACUUGUUGAGGAGGCCAAAACCAACUUGAUGAAGAUUAUGGAUGAGCAGUAUGUGGUACAGUACUGCCUCAGUGCCUUCUGGCCCACCCUCAGCACGGCCGAGGAGAUGCUGAAUUAUGCUGCAACCCGCUUCCCAUCGUCCCACAGCCAAACAGCGCUGGCCAAGCUCGCCACCUUCUGCAACCUCUAUGGCUCAGACAACUUUAAUGGUGUCUCCUGGAUUGAGUUCCUGAACAGCUCAAACUACCUAAAAGAUAUACUCGUACAUCUGAGGGAGGGGCACCUCAGCAGAGCACAAUACCUUUGGCUUCGACAUGAGGGAGAGUUGGCAGCUGAAUUUGAUGAAGGAUCCAUGCAUGCUUUGUUGAGCUCUAUCCCAUCAGACAUCUCAUCACAGGACCUUGGCAUCUGGUUAAAGGGUGUGGUGGUCCCCUUCACAUGGAGAGUCUUGCCGAAAGGCCAGAGAAUCCUGGCCAAAUGGUUGGAGCUACGUGCAAGGAAUCUAGAAUUAACGGAGAAGAAUGGCUGGCCUCAGAAUGGACUCAUGCUCGCGGAGCUUGGUCUGCCUUCGUUCUGGAUGUCAAGUAAUCUGACUGAGGACUGUAAGACAGAGGAGCUGGCGCAUUUACAGUCACUGGUGACAAAUUUACGACAACUCUGUGACCUCUACACGAAAUACAAUUGCCGGCUCUCUCUGUCUGACUUUGAGAUGGGAAGCACUCGCAGUAUGGCUUUCCUGAUGCUGGAUAAAGUGCUUGCCCCAGAGCUUAUUCCUGCAGUCAUUGAGAACAGUGUUAGACCCUAUACCCUUAAGCACAGGCUCGAUCUCGAUCAUGUCCUGUUGGACUACAUCAAGGAUUUGCUGGACUGUUGUAGUUCUCAGAUCACCUCUCUGUUCACUGAGUGGGAGGCCAAGGCAAUAGCUGUGCUUCGCUGCAUGACUGACACCAAUCUGGUGAUGGAUGCUGUCCUAGAGAUUAUGUACAAGGCAGUGGUUCCAUGGAAUGGCACUGUAGAGACUCUAGUUCAGCAGCAUCUGGAAAAGGAGCACCCCAAGCAGCAGCUUUUAAGAGAGAGCUAUCGUUUAAUGGAGAUGAAGAAACUUCUGCGAUGCUAUGGAAUUCGCAACGUAACACUUUCAAACUCGAGAGACACAAUGAUGCUGGUGAGACACAUUCUGAAGCAGAAUCUGCCCACCUCUCUGGAGGACUCUCUGAAGCUUGCACACACCUAUAAACUGAACCUGUAUGAAAUCCACUAUAUCCACUGCAUUCAACUUUUGGAGCUGAAUGAGAGGGAGAAGUGUAUAGCACAGUUGAAGAAGAUGCCACCAGCUGAGGCAUCACUUGUGAUUGAACGACUCGCAAGCUGGGCAAGAUUCCAGCUGCAGGCCAAGCAGACUAACACUGAGCUGAAGGAGCUACAGAUGCGAGUUGCCCAGACGAUGGUAGAGGCACUGAGAUACCUGCACAGCAUUCAGAGAGAUGAUGCCUUAAAGAGGAUGGGAUGUGAGAACAACCUGAAAAUGUUCACAGCCAUUGCUCACUUGCAGGAGGACUUCGACAUCUUCCUCACCCCUGAGGAGUAUGAAGACCCAGCAGUACGCCAGCAGUUCAACCAGCAGCUCAUCACUGCAUAUGAAAACACACGAGCCUGGCGCCAUUCCAGGAAAAAGCACCCUGACAAGGCCGUCAGCAGUACAGUAGAGAGCAAGGCCAAAGCAGCAGUGGCCAACGACCCUGACGGCAAAACCAGGACACUCUCCACAGAGUCCGGCCUCUACAGACUGGCAAGGCACCUUCAGAGGACUGAACAGGAGCUGUGGGCUGACCUGGCAGUGAGAGCUUUAGAUGCUGGUAAUGUGGAGAAGGCCCUUAAAAUCCUCAGUGAGCUGUACCAGCAUCAUCCCAACUCCAGUACAGGCCGGGUACUCUUCAGCACAGCCCAGCGCCUCUGCCAGAUGCUGGAAGACAACGUCCCAAUGGUGCUGCCCGAGAGAGUCGACCUCCCAGGCCUCAUCCACAAGCUGGCCUGUCAGGCCAUCACUAUCUGCCACUCUGAUCUGCUACUUGACUGUGUGGAGCUGUGCAAAAGCACCAGAGGGGCUGCUGAUGUUUACCGACAGUGUCAGAUCGAUGACUACGGCUUUGUUGCAAAGGAUACUGUGUUGAGUGGUGAGGAAGUUGCCUACACCGAGUCCAGUCUCCAGGAUGUCUUCAAUGAGGAUGGCAUUGUGCUCGAUCCGCUCUCAGUCCUCCCAGUGCAGUAUAAGAUCACCAACAGCCUUCUGCCUCUCUCAGACUCGACCCUUCCUCCCCUGGGCUGCUCAUGUUUGUCAUAUUGUGCUCGUCAGGAAGGCACAGACUUUGUCCGUCCUCUGUUGGCACCCAUGGCCACGAUGCUACAGAGCCUGCAGGAGUGCAGCCAGCUGGAGCUGGCUCUCAGGCUCCUGAUGGAGUCGUACGGCUCCAUCCUACAGCACUUCGUCUCCAACAACAUGGACAUCAACCUGAGCAUGAAGCUUCAUACAAACAGCUGUUUAGUCCGAGACAAACAGACACUUGAUGCAAUAGAGAAGACGGCUCUCGCUUCUGUCAGAACGGUCGUGGUCUCCUUGUUACAUAAGGUUCUAAGCUGGAGAGUGAUAGACUGUGACUUGGCCAUUGGACUUUGCACCAUGUUGUGUAAAUCUGAAGUUAUGGAUAUACUGUGGAAAAUAAUUACCAGCGCUUGGCAAAACUAUGACAAGAUCAUGGCUGUUGCCAUGGUUGGCGCUCAUUUCUGCUCCCUGUAUCAUGAUGAACAAGAGAAGAAGUUGUUCUUGUUGGUCAUCACAGAUGCCAAAUGGGGCAUUAAGCUUGGGAAACUUGGGGUUUCUAUUCAGUCUGUGUUUAGACAGUGUUCAGAGACUAAGAGGAACUUAAUUCCAGUACUGGUAAAGAACAAAAACAUCACUGCUGAGAUCUUAAAGGAGUACUGCAACACAUACGGCUUGGACGGUGACUCUGCCCUCAGUCUCUACAUCACCACCUUGUUGCUACAAGAGGACAGAGAGUUCAGGCCAGCUGAUGUUUUUGCUGGUGACACCCAAUUGCCGCAGGGGGAUGAGGAAUUGGAACUAGCGCACAAAGACAUACUGGAGCAUGCCCUGCAGAUUGUUCCUCAACUGAGCUGCACCAGAGAUCUGGUCAUAAGUCUGCACACAGCACUGACCAAGCUGAAUCCAUACAACUAUGAGAGGAUUGAAAGAGUUCUUAAAACCAUUCAGAUUGCUGAUGAAAGUACCACCCUCUUACCACUCAGUCAGAUGAUGGGAUUGCUCCAACACCUGAAGUCACACAAACGCAUUUCUCCCCCUACUGACCUGGAGAACACUUAUCUUCUGGAGAACACUCUGGAAUCCACUCCACUUGCCUACACGCGCUUGCCGUUCCAUCUUCUUCUCCAGACCAACCUCUACUUCUGGAAGAUUAUUUCUCCUGAGCUUAAUGAGGAGACCUUACCCACAUUGCUCCUCAUAUCCAAACUCAUGAAGGUUAGCUUGGAUAAACUUUAUGUCCUGACAGUGAACCAUGUUUUCAAGAGCUGUCUGAUGCCCUUGCUCUUGGACCAGAGCAGGCGUGCCCAGGGUCCUAGCCCCAGCAGGGAGUCAGCCACAGUAGUGCAGAAUCUCUUCAAACAUGCCCUGUGCAUUCAGAACCCAGAGCUGGCGGCAGCCACCAUCCACAAACUCGCCCAGGAGCUGCCGUCAGGUGCUGAGAAAACUAUGUUUUUGAAAUUCAGCUUGGAGCUUGUACACAAAUUGCUGAAGUCUGACACACUAGAGGGGGACUUGCAGGCCAGGGGAGAGACGCUGACCUCAAAAUUGCAGCUACAGUACCAGCGCUCGGCCACCGAGAACACCCUCAUGUCCUCUCAGCUGGAUGGCCCAGAGCUCCUGAAGCUCACUGGGCUGCCAGGUCGUCUUAUCGUGGCCCUGUUUGAGCACAGCUCGGUGGUGGAGCGCAUGAGAAGCCCUGCCGGGCAGGUCUACCCAGACAUUCACAGUGUUGCUAAGGAGAUUGCAUCAAUCAAUGGUGUUGACCUCGUGAAGAUUCGAAAUAUUCUCUUGGAGAAGUGGCUUUGCAAGGAGAUACGGUACCAGGACUCUGUUACUGAUCUGUCUGAAGACCCUGAUCUCAUGAGAGUGGUGUACUUACUGCAAAUGCACCCGAUGGAUAUGAGUGUCCGACUGCUUAAUCCCAUCCUGACUGCAGAGACAUGGCCGCUGGGAGGCUCAGGCCUCCGACUGACAUUCGAGCACCGCAGUCGGACCCUGCACUCUCUCAUUCACAUCGCUGACUCUACCACACUGGAGGCCCUGUCUCACACACCCAGUGACAAAAUCAAGUAUUACCUGAAGUGCUACAUGUACCUCUCUCAGUUGGAGGCUCUCAACAUUCCAUACAACCUGGAGUUGUUUCUCAGCAGUCCUAAAGAAGGCAUGAUUAAGGGUUUAUGGAAAAACCACAAUAAUGAACCUCAGGCUGUGUGUCUGGUGGCAGAUCUUUGCAUGGAGUAUUCUGUUUAUGAUCCACACUUAUGGAGUGGUGUGCUCCAGAAACUUCUGGUGUUUAAUAUGAUAAGCUAUUUGCAGAAGAUUCUGGAAAAUCUCAGAGCAGUGCCCAGCCUUUUGGAGGUGCCAGGCUUUUCCAGAACCUGGCGGAGUGUGAUUCUAGCACCCUUCAUGACAGCAUCUCUUCCUCUGAGCCCUCAACAACAGGCAACUUUCUACAAGACGUUUGUCCUCCUCCUUAAAUGCCCAUUCCUGUUGAGUCUGGACCUGAUUGGAAUCGCCAAGCGUUUUGCCCAGUUCAACCUGAUGGCUUACUCUCUUGGCAGCCUUUUACUCAUCCCCUGUUCCAAAAAGAGGGAGCAGCAAAUCCAGAGCUUCCUGCUGUCCUGUAAUCCUGCUCUUAUUCUGGAUCAGCUGGAAGAAAGUAUGACCACUGGAGAGCUGGCUGGCAUUCCAUCUCAGAUCAGAGAGACAGUACUGACAUUCCUUUCUCAAAAUGGCCAGUACCAGGGAUUGAUGAAGACUGAACACUUUCGGUCUCUUAUGAAGCACUUGGUUUUAAAGGCUCGUUCUGAUCAAGUGGACGAGCUGGUUCACUACCUUGUAAACCACAACAGGAAAGAGGAAGCUAUUGAACUUGCCCAGGAAUAUCUGAGCUGCAAGGAGCUGAAAGGAGGAACAAGGAUGUCAAGUAAUGCUGUCUGCUCUGACCCCAUUAAGGAGUUCUUGGAACAGACAAUGGAAUCCCGGAGUUGAAGCAAGUAGUAACGUCUGUAACAAAAAAGGGGGAAAUGAUCUGCAGUUUUUUACAUUAAAGAAAAGUCUGUUUAAUAAACAUUUUGUGAUAUUGAUUGAUGUGCUGGCUUUCAGGGGUCUUUUGUAUUCCCACACAACUGGCAAUCAGUGUUUGUUUUGCACAUUGCAAGAUAUGUGGUACACAUUGCCCAUUGCUAGACAUGUAGUAAAGCUGAAUGUGAUGUAAUUGGGUGGGAGGAGCCAUAACUCCCCAUUGUAACUGAAAAGGUGUUAAUCAAAGCUUACAGUUUAAUAGCAAGUAGUAGAAGUCAGUAGUCAAUAGUGCAAAUACUAAUUCAGAGUCGUUACAGUAUGUUUACUGUGUAUGUUUUGUGUUGUGUGCCUCCAAUGAUAUUGAAGUAUUCCUUUGACAUUCAGUUAACAAAUACAGGUAACUUAUUAAAAUGUGAUAAUAAAGUGAAAGUUGAGUCUGUUGUGGGUAAGCACUCAGUGGACCUUCA